AACCUAGGGGGAGGGGCGCGCGCGGGCGGGCUGCGGACCCGGCCGGCCUCGCCUAGCGAAGGAAAGGCGGGAGGGCGCGCGGCGGGGCUGCUCGCUCCACCGCUCCCUCCCUUCGCCAGUAGGUUUAGUCAGUCAGCUAGUCAGCCAGUCAGCCAGAAGCCGGGGAGCCCGCGAGCCGCAGAGGGCUGGAGCUUCGGACACCGGCGCCUCUUCCUGCCAUUGUUCGUCGGGCUGUAGCAGCGGCAAGCGCGGGAGCCCCGGCCGCGAGCUACCGCAACAUCAUGACAACAGAGAAGAGUUUAGUCGUUGAGGCAGAAAAUUCUCAGCACCAACAACAGAAGGAAGAAGGUGAGGGAGGCACAAACUCAGGCCAACAAGAAACUCAGCUGGGACAGGCUUCCCAAGUGGCAGCUGAGGGAGAUAAUCAGUGUGAACAGAAGCUGAAAACAUCCAAUGGAGACACUCCUACACAUGAAGACUUGACCAAGAACAAGGAGCGGACAUCAGAAAGCAGGGGCUUGUCACGACUGCUCUCCUCAUUUCUCAAAAGGCCCAAAUCUCAGGUCUCUGAGGAAGAAGGCAAAGAGGUAGAGUCAGAUAAAGAAAAAGGUGAAGGAGGUCAGAAAGAGAUAGAAUUUGGAACCAGUCUUGAUGAAGAGAUCAUUUUAAAGGCACCAAUUGCAGCUCCUGAACCUGAACUCAAAACAGACCCAUCCUUGGAUCUUCAUUCAUUAAGCAGUGCAGAAACACAGCCAGCUCAGGAAGAACACAGAGAAGAUCCAGAUUCUGAAACUAAGGAAGGAGAAGGACUUGAAGAUUGCCCCAAAGUAGAUAAAAAAGAAGAUCCUGAAUCAAAAGCAGAAGGAGAAUUAAAAGCUUCCCAGAAAUUGGUCAGAAGACACAGAAACAUGCACUGCAAGGUUUCUCUGUUGGAUGACACUGUUUACGAAUGUGUUGUGGAGAAACAUGCUAAGGGACUAGAUUUGCUUAAGCGAGUAUGUGAACACCUCAAUCUUUUGGAAGAAGACUACUUUGGUUUAGCCAUUUGGGAUAAUGGGACCUCUAAGACAUGGCUGGAUUCUGCCAAAGAAAUAAAAAAACAGGUUCGAGGUGUCCCUUGGAAUUUCACAUUUAACGUGAAGUUCUAUCCACCUGACCCAGCACAGUUAACAGAAGACAUAACAAGAUACUACUUAUGUCUUCAGCUUCGGCAGACAUCGUAUGCAGGACGUCUGCCCUGUUCCUUUGCAAUUUAGCAUUACUAGUUCUUAUACCAAUCCAGUCUGAAGCUGGGAGACUAUGACCCAGAACUCCAUGGUGUGGAUUAUGUUAGUGAUUUUAAAAGUGGCCCAAAUCAGACCAAGGAACUUGAAGAGAAGGUCAUGGAACUACAUAAGUCAUACAGGUCCAUGACUCCAGCUCAGGCUGACUUGGAAUUUCUUGAGAAUGCCAAAAAGUUGUCUAUGUAUGGAGUUGAUCUUCAUAAAGCAAAGGACUUGGAGGGAGUGGACAUCAUCUUGGGUGUCUGCUCUAGUGGCCUUUUGGUUUACAAAGAUAAAUUGAGAAUUAACCGGUUUCCUUGGCCCAAAGUGCUAAAGAUUUCUUAUAAACGUAGCAGUUUUUUCAUCAAGAUCCGUCCUGGAGAGGUACAGAAUUCUUGUUUUUUUCUUUCCAAACCAAACAUAGAACAUGCCUAAAACAUCUCUUCCAGCUGGACAUGGUCUUAAAUGCCUGUAAUCCCAACAUUAAGAUAACUGAGGUAGGAGGAUUAAAAGUUUGAGGCUAGUCUGGGCUAUAUGGUGGGACCUGGUCUCAAAAACAAACAAACAAACAACAUUUUUUCUUCCCAUGUUCCUCAUUAUGUCAUCUAAUAGGUAUCUGUGUAGUUGACUAUUUACUGGCUGAUGAUUUGUUUUCUACGAUGGUCAGUCCUGUAAUGCUUCUUUUCUUCCUUACUACUGGUCUUCUGGACAUUUCUCUUCUUAUAAGUAGACCUCCAUUGCCAAAAGUGAAACUUGAAUUGGUUAAUUUGUCUCUUGUUUACUUCAGGCAAAAACUUGAUGGAAAAAAUUUUAAAAUUGAAUAGCAUGAGAUUUUAAAAUUAUUUAUGGCAUUAACAUACUCAUGUGUGUUCAACUUUGUACCAGAUGAUGCAGUUAUUAAUUGGUGGCCAAGUUUCAAGAUAUACUAAUGCUGGCCAAUUUUAACUUUUAUGUUGAAGAGUUGUGAUAGUACAAUAGGAAGUUGUUUAAGUAGGAAUUAGUGUUUUUUUUUUUUUAAAGCUUUAGCUCCUCUGGCACUUACUAAGUAAAAAACCCUGGACAAAUCUAAAACUCAGCUUCCUUUUGAUUCAAAGGAAUCUUCUCCAUCCAGGUGGAUUUGAAGAUCAGAUGAGCUGACAGCUAUGAAAAAGCUCUAAACAGAAAAGGAUCAUACUAAUGUAAGGUAGCUUUCUUGUGUAUAUAUCACCAUCUGCUGGUGAAAGAUAGCUUACUAUUUGAGCCUGGAAAUUCUAAAUGUGCAGCUUUAAAAAUCUUGGCUAGAGAUGAUCACUGAAGCACUCAUUUUAUACUAUAGUUAUUUACCUGUGCUUAUCAGUACACUUGUAUUUAAAACUUC